CCCAUACAUCCUAAGCAAUAUUUCCUAAUCCCGGGUCACCAGAUUUUGAAAGGCAAAGAAUUAAUCACAUCUACAUAUACAUCUUGCUAAUCAGUCGCCUUCCCCAGCCCAAUGCCACUGCCUUCCGCACCAUCCUUUGGCGCACAAGAGUACUGGAAUGCCCGGUUUACCGCAAACCCGAAUCCGUUUGAAUGGCUGGAAGCCCCGAAUGUGCUGGAUCCGUUCCUCGUCGAGACCCUGAGGACUUCAACUGAGGAGAAACCGGACAUCUUACAUAUUGGAUGUGGGACUUCACUGCUUUCGUAUCAUUUGCGGGCGCAUGUUAAAGGACCGGAGCAGAUCCAUAAUCUGGAUUAUUCGGACGUUGCGAUUGAGGUGGGGCGCAAGAGGGAGGUGGAGAUUUUUGCGCUUGAGGGGAGUAUUGGAGUGGGAAAUAUGACCGAUGGGGAAAGCACUAGUAUGGCCAAUGUUGUUGCAAAGCCUUCCGAGUCAAGUCCAGGCAAGGCUCCAAAGCCGACAUACAUGCGCUGGUCCUCUGCAAACCUCCUCUCCUAUGCCUCCAUCCUAGGUGUAUGCGAACCAGCCAAAUACUCUGUUAUAGUGGAUAAAUCGACCUCCGACAGUAUAGCAUGCGCGGAUGAUCUAUACGUGCCACUUCCCUAUCCAAUCAGAACUCCCAAUAAGGCACUUCUCUCGGCUAGCAAGCUCUCCCAAUCUCCAGAACCGAUUCAUCCGGUUCAUAUCCUUGCCAUCCACCUCGCUCUGGUCACAAAGCCUAGUGCUAAAUGGAUAUCGUUAAGUUACUCUGAGGACCGCUUUCCCUUCCUGCCUAUGUCUUUACCAACGCCUCUAGAUCAAGACCCGACCAUUGCUUCGGGCUCUACAUCACCCACAUUUACGACGUCUGCAAUUGCAGAAGAAGAAAGCUUCGAAGAUGAUCUUGAUGACGAUUUAGAUAACAUUCCGCAAACAGUGCUGGAUAGAGGAUUCCCUGACCCGGGGUUGCUGUGGCGAUUAGAAGCCAAGUACGACAUCGAGGUUCCAGAGCAGCAGGACUCAAAGAAUGGGGGAGUUACCCAUCGUCCCAAAAUUUUACAUUGGGUAUACGUGCUUGUUCGGACGGAUGUAGAACUUUUUGUCGAGAGCGAUUAGUAAAAUACCUAGGAUUUACAG